CGGCAUAAACUCACCAAGCUCUAUCGUCCACUCAACUAUCUCACAGAUUUACUGAAUCGCAUCGGUCCUGAUGGAAUGUCGGAAGACGAGGAAGAUGGCAGUAAGGAUCAGCCUCAAUUCAUAGUGCUAACACCGCAAUGGAGGGCGCUCGAAUUAACAAUGCUACUUCGAAAGCUAGAUAAACUACACAUGUUGAUGCGGAUGAAGGGUCGAACGCGGCCGUCGAAAGGCUCAGCACCUCGUCUUCGUAUCAUCAAAUCUGACCCGGUAUAUUUUCCUGACAGACCAGCACCAAUCGGCCUUCCAAUGAACUUGUAU